UUUAAGUUCAGAUAGCAUUGAAACUGAUGAUCAUAAUGAAAUUUAUAAUUUUCCAGUUGAGUUUUUAAAUACUUUGACUCCAUCAGGUAUGCCUGUUCAUUGCCUAAAGUUGAAAAUUAGUGCUGUUAUAAUGCUACUUAGAAAUUUAGAUCUCAAAGGUGGACUUUGUAAUGGAACACGUUUGAUGGUGCGUGCACUACACAACAAUUACAUUGAUGGUGAGGUUCUAACAGGUGUAUCAGCUGGUAACAGGGUAUUUGUUCCUCGAGUUCAAUUAGCUCCAUCAGAUUCAAAUUUACCUUUUACACUUAAACGUCGUCAAUUUCCAGUUAGGUUAGCAUACUCAAUGACUAUAAAUAAAAGUCAAGGUCAAACAUUUGAUAAAGUUGGUGUUUAUCUCAAUAAGCCUUGCUUUUCACACGGCCAAUUAUAUGUUGCAUGUAGAUUUCCUGUUAUAACUGGUUUAAAAAUUGUUAAUCGUUAA